UGUUCGACUUUCUUCUCUGUUCGAAGAAAGCCUAGCAAAAAAAUUCACUUUACCAGCCGGCAGCCACUGACUCUGACUGAUUUAGAUCUACACCCUCACUCCGUUCGUCGCCGACGCCGUUGCUCGCCGCAUAUGUGAGACUCCAUCGCCAUCGCCAUCGCCAUCGCCAUCGCCUUAACAAGUCCCAAGUCCCAAAUCGAAGCUGCUCUCUGCCUCUCCGGCCUCCGCCAGUCCGCCGCGCUCUACGUCUCCUGUCGGCUGUGUCCUGCCGUGCUGGUUCAUCGCUGCCGAGUGUCGAAGACGAAGCACCAAGAUCUCACUAGUUCAUCGCUGUUUCAUCACUGCUCAUCUCUGGCUCACUUAGUGCCCAAAAGAGAGUUUUUAGCCACCCAUUCGUUCGGACAGUUUCAACCCUAAACUACUUUCUCAAACCCGUCGAAAAGUGUGAACGCAGCAGAAAAGUGUAGCACCAGAGUAAGCUCAGAAGGCUGCAAAAUGCUCCGGAUUUGUUAACAAGUGACGAAGAUCGAGUUAAUUUACGCCGCGAUACUACGUCGUUUCCUACGAUCGACGCACUAAAUCGCAACCAGUCUUCAGCUCCCGCAACGCGUGACAGUUCUAGCCUCUUCGCUGUGCGAGUCGAAUAAGUGCCGCCACCACCAUACCAGCCCCACCGGCAAGGGUCCACCACCUUUAUUUUGCCCAGAAUUCCGGCAGGUGGUUAACUCAAAAUGCUUUGUUUGAGAUUUACUCCGGUUAGUUUUACUAAAUGGUGGGAACCGGUUCAAUUUCACCGCAUGAAUAAAAAUGUUGUGGUAUGUGCUGCUAAAGGUCCUCGACCAAGGUAUCCCAGAGUUUGGAAAACCAGAAGGAAAAUAGGGACUAUCUCCAAGUCUAUAAAACUUGUUGAAUGUAUAAAGGGAUUAUCGAACGUCAAGGAAGAAGUUUACGGUGCUCUCGAUUCAUUUAUUGCCUGGGAACUGGAGUUCCCUCUAAUUACAGUUAAGAAAGCUUUAAAGACCCUUGAAAAUGAAAAGGAAUGGAAGAGAAUAAUUCAGGUCACAAAGUGGAUGCUAAGCAAAGGUCAAGGAAGGACCAUGGGAACCUAUUACACGUUGCUUAAUGCUUUGGCUGAGGAUGGGAGGCUUGAUGAGGCUGAAGAACUCUGGACUAAGUUAUUCUCCGAAAAUCUGGAAAGCAUGCCUCGUCUUUUCUUUGAGAAAAUGGUAUCCAUAUACUAUCGCAGGGAAAUGCAUGACAAGAUGUUUGAGGUAUUCGCUGACAUGGAAGAGCUUGGAGUAACACCUACUAGGUCAAUUGUGAAAAUGAUUGGAGAUGUGUUUCAGAAGCUUGGUAUGAUGGACAAGUGCCUAAAGCUGAACAAGAAAUAUCCACCACCAAAGUGGGUAUAUAGAUAUAUCAAGGGAAAGCGUGUCAGAAUUAAAGCCACAGAUCUUUAUGAUUCUGAUGAUAGAAAUUCUGUAGGUGAUUCUGAUGAUGAUGCUAACAGCGCUUCAUCGGGGUCAACUGAAAAUACUGAUAUUCAGAUGGAUGAGCAGGGUGAGGUUGACCAUCAUCAGAAUCAAGCUACUGAUGUACGUUCUUUGGAAUCUGUUAAACCAAUUGAAUCUAAAGUCUUCUGAGCCCUUUUGUACAGUUAAAGUUAUUUGAUUAUUCCAAAAGUCAUGCUCAACAUAUGUAUAUUUUUUUGCCUGGAGAAAGUGUUGACUUGAACUCCACCCCAUGUAUGAGCCUGGAGGGAGAAAGGGAGAAAUUUACAUGGCUUCAGCAUGCGUAGCUCUUCCUUUCCCUUGGUGCA